UCUCCUUGUUACCAAGGCAGCCAGGAAGAAGCUGUGAGGGGAGCGGACCGAGCAGCUAUGAGCAUCGAAAAAAGUUGAGCAGUUCUUUUUCUCCAACUUAUUUGGCCACCAUGGGCACCGCAUCCUCUAUGGUGAGCCCAGGGGAGGUGAUCGAGGACGGGUAUGGAGGUGAAGGCGGGGAAGCCUGUGAGAUACCCGUCGAGGUGAAGCCCAAAGCCCGACUACUGCGCAGCUCUUUCCGCCGAGGACCUCGUGUGAUUGGGGCCAGUUUCAAAUCCACAGCAUCUGUGGAUCUAGAGUAUGCUGCAGAGUAUGAAAGACUCCGUAAAGAGUACGAAAUCUUCCGUGUCAGCAAGAACAACGAGAUCUCAUCCAUGCAAAAGAAGGAAGCAAAGCUGGAUGAGGAGAACAAGAGGCUGAGAGCAGAGCUGCAGGCUCUGCAGAAGACCUACCAGAAGAUCCUCAGAGAGAAAGAGAGUGCUCUUGAGGCAAAAUAUCAAGCUAUGGAGAGGGCUGCCACAUUUGAACAUGACAGGGACAAAGUAAAACGUCAGUUUAAGAUUUUCCGGGAGACAAAAGAAAAGGAGAUACAGGAUCUCCUGCGUGCUAAAAGGGACUUGGAAGCCAAACUUCAACAGUUACAGGCUCAGGGCAUCCAGGUUUAUGACCCAAAUGACUCAGAUUCAGAUGACAACCAAACCACUGUCACUGCUGCAGGAACACAGUGCGAGUACUGGACUGGUGGUGUGCUGGGAAGUGAGCCCUCUAUGGGCAGCAUGAUGCAAUUGCAACAAACAUUCAGAGGACCAGAGUUUGCACACAGUUUAAUAGAUGUGGAAGGGCCCUUUGCUAAUGUGAGCAGAGAUGAUUGGGAUGCUGCUGUGGCGAGUCUGUUGCAGGUGUCACCCCACGUUCCCCAGGCCUUGUGGAGCAACACAGUCCGCUGCUACCUGAUCUUCACCCAGGAGACCAAAGCUGAGCUGGAUAUUUUUAUAAAGAAACACACCUCUGUAUUGCGGCGAAUAUGUGAGAGUCUAGGCCAUUUCUACCUUAAUGUCUUCUUCCCAGAGGAGAAUGCGGCUUCAUACGCUGUAGAGCGCAAGCUGGAGAUUGAAAGGAGUUCUCUGUGUGUUCUUCUUCUCAAAUCUACUGUCCCUAGCUCUGUGGUGGAGGAUUGUGAAGAGGCUUUUGUUAAGAAUCCAGAUGGCCGUCCAUUGGUGCUGUACCUUAGGACCGAAGAAGAUCACAAUUUAAAUGGACCUAUCAGGCAACUGCUCGAACGGGUCAAUGCUGCAGACAAGGCUGCUAAAAUCAAGGUAGUGGAUCAUAGUGGCUCUGCAGAGGAGGGGGCCAACCUGAUUUAUGCUCAGCUAGAGAAAAUCAUCAAGCAGGAGUUGCUGGGUCUUGAAGUAGCAGAUGUUGAGUCUAAGGACUCUGGGAUGGACGAGGGGUGCGAAGAAGACUCGGGAGAUGUGCUGUGGGACCUACAUGAUGAGCAGGAGCAGAUCGAGGCCUAUCAGCAGGCUUGUAGCGGCACCACCUCACAAUUAAGCUUCCAGAAGUAUAUAGAUCGUUUGAAUGACAUGAUAGCUGCUCCCCCUCCAACACCACCCCUCCUGGUAUCUGGCGGUCCAGGCUCAGGAAAAUCUCUUUUACUCUCCAAAUGGAUCGAGCUCCAGCAGAAACAAUCCCCCAACACCUUGUUUCUGUAUCAUUUUGUUGGUCGCCCACUUUCAACAAGCUCAGAGCCAGUUCUCAUUAUCAAACGCCUCACAGUUAAACUGCUGCAGCACUUCUGGUCCAUUUCCGGCUUAUCCAUGGAGCCCAGUAAGAUCUUAGAAGAGUUUCCCCGCUGGCUUGAAAGACUGUCAGCGCGCCAUCAAGGAAACAUUAUCAUCAUCAUUGACUCCAUUGACCAAAUACAGCAAGCAGAAAAACACAUGAAGUGGCUAAUUGACCCUCUGCCUGUCAAUGUCAGAGUGGUGGUGUCUGUCAAUGUAGAGACUUGUCCUCAGGCUUGGAGGUUGUGGCCCACACUCCACUUAGACCCACUGAGUCCCAGAGAGGUCAGGAGUAUAGUCAAUGCAGAGUGCCAGAGCAUGGAUCUCAAACUUACUAGGGAUCAGGAGAAGAAGCUGGAAAGGCACUGUCGCUCUGCAUCAACAUGCAAUGCAUUAUAUGUCACACUGCUGGCAAGGAUGAUCACCAGUAGAUCCUGUGGGUUGCUGGAGAAGAGCCUGGAGCAGUGUCUGCAGUGUCAGGACACCAUGUCACUUUACCGCCUGGCACUCAAAAUGACAUUGAACUCUCUCAGCACGGACAGAGAGCGCCACAUUAUGAGAGAGAUACUGGGCCUUGUAUGUGCCAGCCAUAAUGGAGUGAGUGAAUCAGAGGUACUAGAUCUUUUCCCAGAGGUAGAGUUGCCUGCCCUGUCCUCUCUGCUGUACCUCUUGAACAGACUCUGCAUUGUAACACUCCGUUGUGGACUCAUCAGGUUUCAACAUCUACAGGCGUGGGAAGCUGUGAGGCUAGAGUUUCUGGCUGGAGGAAGUAGCUCCACCACUUAUAGAGAGAAACUAAUUCAUUACUUCAACCAGCAACUCAGCCAGGACCGAGUGACGUGGCGUGUCGCAGAUGAGCUUCCCUGGCUGCUCCAGCAGGAGGAGGACAAACCUAAACUGCAGCUCAGCCUCUUGAACUUGUUUGUCUCUCAAAAUCUCUACAAGAGGGGUCAUUUCUCUGAGCUCUUGGCCUACUGGCAGUAUGUCGGCAAAGACAAAAGCUCCAUGGCCACCGAGUAUUUUGACUCUCUGAAGCGCUACGAGAAGAGCUGCGAGAGUGAAGACAGCAUGACCAGGCUCGCAAAUCUGUAUGAGACUUUGGGACGUUUCCUCAAAGAUCUGGGCCUCCCUAGUCAGGCUGUAGCACCUUUACAAAGGUCUCUUGAGAUUAGAGAGACAGCCUUGGAUCCAGACCAUCCCAGUGUAGCUCGAUCUCUGCACCAGCUGGCUGGAGUUUAUGUCCAAUGGAAGAAGUAUGGAAAUGCUGAGCAGCUGUACAAGCAAGCCCUUGAGAUAAGCGAGAAUGCCUACGGCGCCGAGCAUGCCAGUGUGGCUCGAGAACUGGAGUCACUCGCCAUGCUCUAUCAGAAGCAAAACAAGUAUGAACAAGCGGAGAAACUCAGGAAGAGGUCUGUGAAGAUCCGUCAGAAAACUGCUCGACAGAAAGGUCAUAUGUAUGGCUUCAGUUUGUUGAGGCGCAGAGCCCUGCAGCUGGAAGAGCUGACCCUAGGAAAAGACUCUGCAGACUGUGCCAAAACUUUAAAUGAACUGGGUGUUCUUUAUUACCUCCAGAACAACCUAGAUGCAGCCAAGGUGUUUUUAACCCGCUCUUUGGAGAUGCGCCAGCGGGUCCUUGGUCCUGAUCACCCGGACUGUGCUCAGUCACUCAACAACCUGGCUGCACUGCACACUGAAAGGAGAGAAUACGAAGCAGCUGAGGACAUGUACGAAAGGGCUCUAGACAUCCGCAAGAAAGCCUUGUCUCCUGACCACCCUUCUCUGGCAUACACACUCAAACACCUCGCCAUGCUCUAUAAACGCAGAGGGAAACUGGAGAAGGCUGUUCCACUUUAUGAGCUGUCGCUGGAAAUCAGGGAAAAAAGUUUUGGCCCCAAGCACCCCAGUGUAGCCACCGCACUGGUCAACCUGGCAGUAAUCUACUGCCAACUGAAGAAGCACAGUGAUGCCUUACCCCUUUAUGAACGAGCACUGAAAAUCUACGAGGACAGUUUGGGUCGCUCUCAUCCACGGGUUGGGGAGACCCUAAAAAACCUGGCUGUGCUAAGCUAUGAAGAGGGUGACUUCGAGAAGGCAGCAGAGCUUUACAAGCGUGCAAUGGAGAUCAAAGAGGCAGAGCCAUCAUUAGUGUGUGGUAAUGCCCCAUCUCGCCAUUCCUCCAGCGGAGACGCAUUUAGUGUGAGAGGACCUGCUCCCCUCCCACAUGCUCAGAGUGCUGGUCAGUCAAACCCAACUUUCCUAAUCCAGACGCCGUCAAACAGUUAUGUUCUCAGGAAGCAACCCCCAGGUGAGCUGUUGCCAGGAGCUCACAAGGUGGACAGGGAGUAUCGAGUGCAGAAGGCCCUCUUCUCUGUUGGUUUUCCCGUUCCACAGCCCCUUCUGCACUGUGCUGAUAUUGAAGUCAUUGGAACAGAGUUCUACUUAAUGCAACAUGUGAAGGGGCGCAUAUUCAGGGAUCUUCGUCUACCUGGAGUGAGUCCAGCAGAGAGAACAGCUCUGUAUGUGGCUGCGGUGGAAGUCCUGGCAAAACUGCACUCACUGGAUCUGCCAUCACUGAACCUUGAAGCAUAUGGAAGAGGGCCAGGUUAUUGCAGGAGACAAGUUUCCACCUGGACCAAGCAGUACACUGCAGCGGCCCACAGAGACAUUCCAGCCAUGAAUGAACUGUCUGAUUGGUUGAUGACGAAUCUACCAGCCAGUGACAAUGAGGUGACCCUUGUCCACGGAGAUUAUCGACUGGAUAACUUAAUAUUCCAUCCAACAGAGGCGCGUGUGAUCGCUGUGUUGGACUGGGAGCUUUCUACCACUGGACAGCCCCUGGCAGAUCUGGCCUACUUCCUUAUGCCACAUUACUGGCCUGCAAGUCUCAGCGUUAUCAGCACGAUGGGCAGUUUAAAAGGAAUAGAGGGUAUCCCAACUGUGGAAGACCUGAUCUCCAUUUACUGCAGGUGCCGGGGGAUCCCCCCUGCAUUGCCACAACUGAAUUUCUACUUGGCCCUGUCUGUCUUUAAAAUGGCAGGAAUUGCCCAGGGGAUCUACGCUCGUCACCUCCUGGGUAAUGCCAGUGCACCGAAUGCAGCUCAGUUUGGCCAGUGUGUGGAGCCCUUGGCUAAGGUUGCCUUGCAGCUUGGGCAGAGGCCCCUCACAGGUCCAACAAAGGACAGAUUGUUUCUCCAGACAGCUAAAGGUCAGGCUGUUCUCCAGCAGGUCAAAGAUUUCAUGAGACAAUAUGUGCUUCCUGCUCAGAAGGAGGUUGCACAGUAUUACACCAAACACGCUGAGUCUCCACAGAGAUGGCACACCCCUCAAAUUAUAGAGGAUCUGAAGAUUAAAGCCAGGGAAGCCGGGCUGUGGAACCUGUUCCUGCCUGCAGUCAGUGGGCUCACCCAGCUGGAUUAUGCCUAUAUUGCUGAAGAAACCGGCCGCUGUGUGUUUGCCCCUGAAGUCUUUAACUGCCAGGCUCCUGACACAGGAAAUAUGGAAGUGCUCCACAUGUUUGGCAGUGAGGAGCAGAAGAAGAAAUGGCUAGAACCUUUACUCAGAGGAGAGAUUCGCUCCUGCUUCUGUAUGACAGAACCUGAUGUGGCCUCCAGUGAUGCAACCAACAUGGAGUGCAGUCUUCACAGGGAUAAAGACGACUACAUCAUAAACGGGAAAAAAUGGUGGAGCAGCGGUGCCGGCAAUCCCCAGUGCAAAGUGGCCAUUGUGAUGUGCAGGAGCGGCUCUCGGGAUGAAAAACUCAGGCACAGCCAGCACAGUAUGAUCCUCGUACCUAUGGACACAGCAGGUGUAAAGCUCAUCAGACCGCUCACCGUGUUCGGUCAGGAUGAUGCGAUCCAUGGUGGCCACUUUGAAGUGCAUUUUGAAAAUGUGCGCGUACCCGCCUCCAGCAUUAUUCUAGGGGAGGGCAGGGGAUUUGAGAUUGCCCAGGGUCGCCUGGGGCCAGGCAGGCUGCACCACUGUAUGAGAGCUGUCGGACUAGCAGAGUUGGCAUUGGAGCUACUCUGCCAGCGGGCUGCCACCAGACACACCUUUGGAAAAAAACUGUACCAGCAUGAAGUUAUUGCUCAUUGGAUAGCAGAGUGCCGUCUCAUGAUAGAGCAGACUCGCCUGCUGACUCUCAAUGCUGCUCAUGCACUGGAUACACUAGGCAGUCGGGCAGCUCGUAAGGAGAUUGCUAUGAUCAAGGUUGCAGCAGGAAGAAUGGCCUGCAAGGUGGUGGACAUAGCCAUACAGGUAUAUGGUGGUGCAGGUGUGUCUGGAGAUGUCCCACUAGCACAGAUGUACUCAUAUGUGCGGACUCUGCGCAUCGCUGAUGGACCAGAUGAGGUGCACCUCUCCUCUAUAGCCUAUUUGGAACUCAGAGAUCAACUAAAGAAGGCACAGGCAAAGCUCUAAAAACAUGGCCACAGCUUCAUUACGCUGCAGUAAACUAUUACUGCCCCGAUAAGCAUUUCUGGCCUUAAAGUGAGAUUGCUUGAUUUUUAUUCACUAUUUGCAAAAACACUGAACUUUAAAAUGAAAAACCUUACUAAACAGACUACCUGUAAAGAAGCACCCUUACAUAUGUGCCAAAUGAAAUUAAAAUCAAA